UUAAUUCUUCGAUCGAUGUUAGAUUUUAAGCGAGAUCUAAAUAGAAUUGUACAUAGAUUCCUAUGUUUGAAAUAAAUUCAAAACCACAACAUAUAAUUUAAAUAUUUUCUCUAAUCUUAUGGGAAUUACUACAUUACAGAUAUCUCUGAUGUUGGAUUAGUAAUAUGUAAUCCAAAGUUGUCCAAUGUAAUAAUCGUAAUGGAUAUCAGAGUGUGACACCUAACCUAUAAUAUGUAUCGUAAAAGCACAAUGAUAAUAAUUUUAAGCUUAUACAGUUUAAUUAUUUAAGUACACAUGUCAAAAACUAUAAGGCGUCUAGUUUUUUUGGAAAUAUUGUAAAUAUGUGCAAGGAAAAAGUAUCGAUCAACGAGGUAUAACGGAAUAAUGAUUGAGUAUUAAAUUGUAUUUAAAUAAAAUUGAAAGCGACUCACGCAAUAUAAAUAAACUAAAAUUUGUCAAAUAGUAAAGAUUAGUUAAAUUUCAUUGGGUGCAAAUAUCAGAAAAGGUAGGAGCUAUAGCUUACUUUUAUUAAAUUUACAAAAUGACCUUGGAAGAUGCUCAAAAUGCAGCCAGAAAAGCUGUACAAUUUGAUAGUAAAAGUCAAUAUAGACAAGCUUUGUAUUAUUACAAUGUUGCUAUACAAUGCCUCACCAAAUUACAAGAUCCUGUAUACAAUCAGAAACUUGCAGAAUACGAGGAAAGAAUAUCGACCAUACGAUCUCUUAUUGAAGAAGAAGAGCAGAAGCAUCAUAAAGCACAGACCAUGCAUCAGUCUGAGUUACAGAGGUGUAAGUUUCUUAUAAACCAAGCCCAAGAUGCAGAUGAAGCUGGAUUAAAAGAUGUAGCUGUGAAAUUAUACACAGAUGCUGCUGAACUUGGACUUAAUGUUAAAAGUACAGACUCUGAAAUGAAAGGAAAAGUGACUGCUCUUGUUCGACUUGCUCUUGAUAGAGCAGAAACUCUAAAAGGGUUUAAAAAGGAAGACACUAAUAUUAUUAAAUCACUUUCCCAAUUGCCUCCUGUACCAGAAACAAAUUUAGAUAUGGAUAUGGAUAAAGAAUCAUUUUCGACAACAACAUCCACAAGUACUAGUAACAUAGGAAGACAAACUCGACCACCUCUUCAUCGUGGGAGUAGUGCACACUUGAAAGUAACUGGUAAUAAUAGUAAUUAUACGGACGAGGAGAAAAGAGUUUUACUUCAUAGUUCUCAUAUUAAUGAACAUGAAUUCGUACCUUUUAUGAGUAUCGAUCUUAGAGAAAAAUUUCAGUACGCCAUUCCGUUCACCGACAAAGAUGGUUUACUAGAAUUAGCGCCAAAACAAAAGCCUGAUUUUGCAAGGUGGUGUCGACCAGAAGAAUUAUUUUCCGAGCCGAAAAUGGUUAUGGGUCACCAUGUUGAUUACUACAGUAUAAAGCAGACUGUUGUUUCCGAUUGCUCCUUUGUCGCCUCGCUUGCUGUUAGCGCCCAGUAUGAAAAAAGAUUUGGCCGUAGAUUAAUCACGUCUAUUAUUUAUCCAAAGAAUAGGAAUAAGGAACCGAUUUACAAUCCAUUUGGAAAGUACAUGGUGAAACUACACAUUAACGGUGUUCCACGCAAAGUUAUAAUAGAUGAUUUAUUGCCUGUAAGCAGAUACAACCAAUUACUUUGUUCCUACUCUAGCAAUCACGGAGAGCUGUGGAUCUCGUUACUUGAGAAGGCAUACAUGAAAGUAAUGGGUGGUUAUGAUUUUCCUGGCUCAAAUAGUAAUAUAGAUUUACAUGCUUUAACUGGUUGGAUACCUGAGCGAUGGGUUAAUAGGCCAGAUGAUCCAGAUUUUAAUAAAGACAGUUUAUUUAAUAUUUUAUUAGCGCGAUUACACAAAGGAGAUGUGUUGGUAACAGUAGCUACUGGAGAAUUAUCCGAUUCAGAUGCUGAUAGAACAGGUCUGGUGCAGACUCACGCGUAUGCUGUUCUUGAUGUUAGAAAGAUAAAUGGAGAAAAAUUACUGCAACUUAAAAAUCCUUGGUCGCACUUGCGAUGGAAAGGAAAUUAUUCCGAACUCGAUGCUGUACAUUGGACUAAUGAAUUAAAAGAAACAUUAAAUUAUGACCCAGAUUCUGCGUCCCAAUUUGAUAAUGGUAUAUUCUGGAUUGAUUAUGACAGUAUAUGUACCUUUUUCGAUGUCUUUUAUUUGAAUUGGAACCCAGGUCUAUUUAACUAUACAUAUUGUAUUCAUCAAAUGUGGAAUGCAGGAAUAGGCCCAGUAAAAGAUGGAUAUAAUAUCGGCGAUAAUCCUCAAUUUUUACUGGAAGUACAAAGCAAUGUUACAGGAGUGGUAUGGAUCCUCCUCACGAGACAUAUUACAGACAUCGCUGAUUUUCGACAAAAUCAAGAAUAUAUAACAGUAUUAGUUUAUCAGAAUGAUGGAAAAAGAGUAUACUAUCCUCAUGACCCGGCACCGUACAUCGGUGGUGUAAGAAUAAAUAGUCCACACUAUCUUUGCAAAAUAAAGCUAGAUACCGAAAAUAAUACUCGAUAUACUCUAGUCGUAUCACAGUAUGAAAAAACGAAUACAAUAUACUAUACUUUACGUGCGUAUGGUACAUGCCCAUUCACGUUACGCAAGAUACCGAAUUUGUAUAAAUACGAAAAGGAGGUCACUGAUGGUCAGUGGAAAGGUAUUACAGCUGGCGGAUGCAGUAAUCAUGAAACAUAUGAAAAUAAUCCGCGAUACCAAUUAGUGUUAGAAAGUUCAAAUAAUAAUAAUUAUGUAUUGAUUAUAUUGAAAGGACCAAAGCAAUAUCAAAUUGGUUUCAAUAUUAUGUCAGUUGUAUUAAAUGACGCUGAUGCACCCGGUGCAUUCAAAAUGAAAACCUCGGGACCAUUCAGGUCGGGUUUUGUUUAUCUUGAAUUAGAUGAUGUGCCAGCUGGAACGUAUAAUAUUAUUCCAUCAACAUACAUUCCCGGACAAGAAGGACCUUUCUUUUUAACUUGUAAAUCGUCUUGUAAAUUGCAACUUCAGCGGCUUCAGUAACGUAACGGAUCUAUAUAUGAAUUACUGUUUUGUACAAAAGAAAAUGUUAAUAAUAUGUUGUUCAAUUAUAAUAAGCACAAUAUAUGACUAAUAAUUUAUACGCACCAAUUGUGAUAUAUUGUAAAAUAUUUAUACUUGCCGUUAUUAAAAUGUCAACAUCGUUAAGAAUAUAAAAUUAAUUAUGGAAUUUCAAUAAUUUUAAUUAAAAUAAUUAUUAAUGUAUCAAAGUACACGUUAAUGUUGUAAGCGAUGAAACAGUAAGAGGAAAAUGAUUGAACACUGAAUUAUUAUAAAAUGCUUUUAUUUUAUAUUGUAGAAGUACAAAUUAGUAACGAGACUAGACAACUACUGACUGUAUUCUGAAGAUUUGUGGCACUUUAUUUAUAAUUAGCAUUUGCUUGGGGUGCUAUCGUUUGGCACGUACAUAGCUGAAUAUCGAUGAAUAUAGUUUCUUAAUAUCUCGAUCAACUAUUUAAUAUUCUUUGUACUAUUUUUAUGUACAUAUACGCGGUAGGAAAACAUUCUUUUGGAUCAAUUGUAUCAAAUGAAUACUAUAUGGCAUACAUGUAUAUAUUCUUUCAAAAUGCAAUGUAAAUACAGUAACAAUUUUUUUAAGAAUAUUAUUACUGUUUUGCAUGAAAAUUACAAGAAAAACAUAACAAAACACAUUACGUUUUUGUUCUAUUUCAUGUAUAUCACUGUAUUUUGCACCUAUCGUGUAGAAACUAUAUUCUAAAAUAUUAAUUCUGAAUUUUACAGAAUCUUUCUAUUCCUUUUGAUUACAUCUUUACUUUAUACCUAUUUGUAUUUCUUCAAAACGAGUGCAGUGUUCUAUAUUGCAAAUACACUGUAAUAUAAUAACAAAAAUGCUACUCAAUCAAUUUAACAUUUCUAUACUUAUGUUCAUUUGUCGAAAGCAGUUUGAAUUAUAAACUAAUAAUAACACUUAAAACUGUUAUUACAUACGGUGUUACUUUUCUAUUAACACAAUAGUAAUUGUAAAUAAAUAAUUACGCAAUUUAUAUGAAAACAUGGUUCAUGAAAUAGGAAUUGAAUGAAAUGUAUAUAUAUUUACAUAAUUGUUGACAGAUAAAUUAUAAAAAAAAGAAAUUAUGGACAAUUAUACAAAAAAUAUACAGAAAUUCGAUAUUAAUGUAAAAUGAGACUGUAAAGAAAACUGCAUCGAGUGAAACUGUUAAAGUAUAACAGUUAUACAUUCUCGCUUUGUAACUACGAUUUGGAUGCACAUGUAGAAGGCACUAUUGUCAAUAAUUUAGAUAAAUGUUAUUAUCGAUAACAUGAAGAGUAUCAAAAUGAUAUUGCGCUUUUACAGUCCUGUCUACUGUUAUGAUAUGCCUAACAGAUUCACCCAAUCUUUAAUUAUUUAUUAUCGAAAAUAUUUAACAACAAAGUAGUGACCCUUUGCAGUCCAAUUUUGUGUAUUCGAAAAAUGGUCUUUUAGACUUAUAUAUCUAUAUUCUCUACCUCGUUAAAUUCGAUUAUCCUAUCAACCAGAACGAUAAAUUAAUGAAAAUUCUCACGAAAUAUAUUUCGUAUUUGUGGUUUCUAGCCAAUUUUUAUCUUAUGUAAUUUGUCAACAUUUUUAUAAUUAAACCUGCAUAAAUAAAAGUAGUUAUUUAUCAAUAAUUAAUACUUUAUAGAACCGCAAAGGAUUACAAUGUAUAUAUAUACAUAUAUACAUAAACGAGACAUGUCACGAUUUUAUUUGAAUCAUUGCAAAAGUGAAUCGACUUUGUAUUUGUAUAAAUGUUCUAUACCAGAUUUUUUGUUCAAUUUUUGUCAUUAUGUGUCCUUUCCACUUAAAGAUUAUGUUUUUGUGCGUGAAAGAUAAGUUUAUGACAAAUUUUAAACAUUACAAAAUGAAUGAUGUAACUUCAUAAUUUUUGUAGACGUUGUAUAUGCAAGACACAAAAAUGGGCGGAAAGUAGAACACAUGGUACAGGUAUAAGAAAAUAGUGCGCUUUGUUAACAUUAUUAGAAGGUUUAAAGGACGUUAAUGAUUCUGAAAGAGGCAUCUUUUCGCGAUGGAGUACUUCGUGUAGUACAUUUUUCAUCGCUCUCGAUUUACUAUUUUAUCAAACAGUUACUGAAACGAGAACAUCGAAAUUCGUCAUCGUUUUUAAUUUAUAUUGAUCUUAUUUCAAAAUAAUUUGAACUUUGUUUAAUAUUAGAACACCAUAGUAUUUCCUCCUUAAACAGUUUUCUUUACUACGCACGUUAAACUUGUACUUUUACACGUAAAAUGAGCGUAGAUUUAGAGACGCUUUAUUUUUUGUUUAUUUUUUUUGUUUUUGUUUUUUUU